AUGGGGAGGCAAUCUUGCGGUUACAAGCAGAAACUAAGAAAAGGCUUGUGGUCCCCGGAAGAAGAUGAGAAGCUUUUGAGGUGCAUUACCAAGCAUGGACAUGGAAGCUGGAGCUCUGUCCCCAAGCUGGCUGGUCUUGAAAGGUGUGGAAAGAGUUGCAGGUUGAGGUGGAUGAAUUACUUGAGACCAGACUUGAAGAGAGGCACAUUCUCAAGUCAGGAAGAGAACCUCAUAAUCCAACUUCAGUCAGUUCUAGGCAACAGGUGGUCUCAAAUUGCAGCACAAUUACCAGGAAGAACGGACAAUGAAAUAAAGAAUCUAUGGAACUCUUCCAUUAAGAAGAAACUCUUGCAGAAAGGUAUUGACCCCAGCACCCACAAGCCACUUUCUGAGAUUAAGCUUUCUACCAGCAAGAGCCCUGAGAAGGCUUCAAGAGAACUGGAUGCAGUGAUCUCACUCAAUCUCAAGGCAGAUAGUUCAAAGCCAUCACUCAUUGAUGUAUCAAGCUGUAAGAUUGAAAAAAGAGAUGACAAUUUGAAUGCCUCCAAAUCCAGUGCCCACCAGGAAUUCUUCCCAAACAACUCUUUGCCAUCCAAUCGAUACCCCAACAUCCAGUUCAACCCUUUAGAUUCAAGUUCUUACCUGCAAUUUCCAGUUCAGCAGUUGAAUCAUGAGCCAAUUACCUCUCGCUUUGAGCACCCAAGUUCCGAAUUAAGGCUUAGCCAGAAGCGCAGGCCUUUUGAGCCAAAUCAAGAAUUUAAUUCCAGAACACUACUACCCACGCUUUCAAGGUCAAUCGCAUCCGAUCAAAUGGACAAUAAAACUUAUACAGGUCUUCCCUCUCAUUCAAUGUGCACAUUCAAUAACAUCCAUUGGGAUUCAAGUAAUUGCAGCAGCAAAAGUAGUGAGUUUUACAACAAGACCUUAUUGGAGAGCAACGUCUUCUCAUGGGGGUUGGCGGAUGAUUGUGGAUCAUCAGACAAGACCUUACAACACCAUUUCUCGGAUGUUGAGACAGCAGAUAUCAAGUGGCCGGAAUAUCUCGACACCCCAUUUCGAGCUGAACACAAUCAACCGACAAAAUUCUCACUUGAACACCAAGUGGUGGCAGGUCCGGUCACAAGGGUACGGACAGUCAACAGCCAUAACAACAGCACGAUCAAAAUACCAGUUGCCAACAGACUCCGCUAUCCCCUGUUAGUCAUCAAUUGCAUGUUAUCGAAAAAUUUCGUAGUAGGGAUUCCCACUGAUGAGGCACAUAGCAGGAUUGUUUUUUGCCCAAAUUGGGCAUAUGACAAGUGA